AUGAAUGUUGACAAGUUGAUUGCGGACCUGAAAGACUUAGAAAACGAUGAAUAUGCAGAACAUGUUAGAAAGGAAAGUAUAUUUAGCACGAGCGAAAUAAAGAACAAAAGGAAUGAGCUAAAUAGCUGUUCGAACAUAUUAUCAUUAUAUAAUGAACAGAUAAGUUAUAUUUCUAAUUUUAAUAUUAAGAAUGAAUAUAGGAAAAGUAAGAUUACAGCAGAAAAGAUUCAAAUGAAUGUUUUGUAUGAUUUAAUUUUUUUAUUAAAGUUAAAAAAGAAAACAAGUAAGGUGGGUGAUGAUAACAUUACUAGUAAUAUUAUUCAUAAAAUAUGGGAUUGUAUUGAAAUAACAUUUCAUAACGAAAAUGAUAAGAUUGAAAAAAUAUGUGAUGAGAAUAAUUUAUAUAUAUAUAAAAAACAUUUAUUAAAAAAUAAAUUUUUAUUAUUAAAAAUUAUAAGAAAAAUAAAAAAUAAUCAUUUAUAUCCUGAUAUUAAGCAAUUAAUCAAAGAUGUAACAAGAGAUGUUUUUUCAUUUAAUGGGAAUAUAUAUAAUGGUAGUAUAGGGUUUGAAAAUAUUAUAUAUUUAUUAUAUAAAUUAUUAAAAAAGAAAUAUAUAACAUGUCCAUUAAAAUCAUUUAUUCUGAGCUUCUUUUUAUUAAGUAUAAUGAGUAGAACUAACAAUAGUGUAGAUAUAUUAUAUAUAUUAGAAUACUUUUAUAAAAAUAAUAAUUUUUCAAUUAUCAUACCAGAUUCAUCUUUUUUAUCACCUUGUGAAUUAAGUAUAUAUGAUAAUAUUAUCUUAUUAAAAAAUAAUAUCAGAUACUUAAUUAAUAUCACAGAAGAAUCCACACUAAAAUAUAAUUGUUAUAAUAUUAUAUAUAUAGAUAUAAAUAAAAUUACAGAUAAUUUUUUUAAUCAUAUUUAUAAAAUUUUAUUACAACAAGAAAAAUAUCAUUAUAUUUUUAAAUAUAAAAUUUUUAAUAACAUACAAUUUUUUAAUACAACCUUAAAUGUUAAAAAAUUAAACUUAACAUAUAAUAAUAAUAAUAAUAAGGAUCAUCAUCAUCAUGAUGAAAUAUUUCCAUAUAUGAAUAACACAACUAAAGAACAUAAAAAGGAUAAAAAUAUUUAUAACUUAUCAAUAAAUAAUAAUAGUAAUGAAAUGGAUGAUAAUAUUUUCUCUUCUGAUUCCUCAUCUAAUUCGAACCAUAAUAAUAUAGACAUUCACAAAAUAAAUGAACAAAAUUUUCUUUAUAUAAAUAAAAAUUCAAAAAGUCAAGUGAAAAACAUAUUUUAUCAGUAUUUAAUUAUUGAACUUGAUGAGGGAAAAUAA